GAGAAUAGGAAAUCCAAAGAUUCUCAAGCAAAUGGAAAUUUGGAAACGAGAUUCUGAAUAGUUCUAUCUGUGGCAAAAUACUUGAAUAACACCAAGGUUUCCAAGCUAAAACAUCCCGCCUUGAUCCUACAACAAGAUUCUGAAUGGUUCUAUCCGUGGCAACAUACUUGAAUAACACCAAGGUUACCAAGCUAAAACAUCCCACCUUGAUCCUACAACGAUGUUCAUUGAAAGGAUUGGAUGCAAAGAAGUGUUUCAGAGUCGGUGCUGUAAUUUCUACAAUCUUGAGAGAGGUACGGUAUUCACAGGAAACAGCUAGUGUCUUGACUUUGGAUGCUUUGACAUGAAACCACAAACUCAUUGGUAGGCAUUAGGCAUUGAAAUGCCACAAACUCAGUAUAAGGGUUUUUCUUCUUCUUCUUUCUUCUUCUUUUGUAAUGUUCCUCCAUGGAGAAUUCAAAAAAACAAUUUCAGAGAAUUCUCACCAGUGAAAUCUGAGAGAGCAAUAUUAAUGCAACUUGGUAAGCCUGAUCUCUACUUCAGUUUUCUAAUUUUCCAAAUGCUUGUAUCAUUCUCAAGAUCGCUUACUAAUUACAAUAAAAGGCAUCUGUAGAU